AUGGCUCCAACAAAACUCAUCUCAUGGAAAACCGCUUUACUUAGUUGUUUCACAAGCAAUACAGUUCUCUUAGACCCGAAGGCUCUUGUGUCAAAAUCGCGUAAGUCACAGAGAUUAUGUAUGUCUGAUGUUAGUUCAUCACUUUUCAUCAUCAAUGGUGUUUCGAAUUCAAUGGUUGUGUGGGACCUUCACGAAUUCACUCUUGCGGAACUUACGAUGAUUACACAUGAUUUCGCAUCUAGUAGUUAUCUCGGUGAAGGUGGGUUUGGAACGGUUCACAAGGGUUUUGUGGAUGAUGAACUUAGACCGGGUUUAGAGGCUCAACCGGUUGCAGUCAAGCUCUUGGAUUUAGAUGGUGGUCAAGCUCACAAAGAAUGGCUGACUGAAGUGACGUUGUUGGGGCAAUUGAGGCAUCCAAAUCUUGUGAGGUUGAUUGGUUAUUGUUGUGAAGAGAAGAAUAGGCUUCUUGUUUAUGAAUAUAUGCCAAGGGGAAAUUUAGAGAGUCAAUUAUUCACAAGGUAUUCAAGUUCAUUAUCAUGGUUAAUCAUGAUUCAAAUAGCACUUGGUACUGCAAAAGGUCUCACCUUUCUUCAUUGCCAGGACAAACCUGUCAUUUAUCGCGACUUCAAAACUUCGAAUAUUUUAUUGGCAUCGGAUUAUAAUGCUAAACUAUCGGAUUUUGGGCUAGCGAAAGAUGGACCUGAAGGUGAUGUGACGCAUGUGAGUACACGUGUCAUGGGGACACACGGAUAUGCGGCGCCAGAGUAUCUUAUGACCGGCCAUUUGACCACCAUGAGCGACGUGUAUAGUUUUGGCGUGGUUUUAUUAGAGCUACUAACGGGCAAAAGAUCGGUGGAUAAAAAACGACCAAAUCGAGAGCAGUGUUUGGUGAUAUGGGCAAGGCUGUUUUUGAAAAGUUCUAAUAAUCUUCAUAGAAUUAUGGAUUCUAAACUCGAUGGUAAUUUUCCAGUGGAAGGAGCAAAGAAGGCGGCAGCUUUGGCUAGUCGAUGUCUGAGCCACCGCCCAAAAUGUCGACCUACUAUGACGGAAGUUGUCAAGACUUUGGAACAUAUAUUGGAAUUAGGUGAUUUCCAAGUUGACUGGUUUGUGUAUAUUACUCAUGAAGGAGAAAAAAGCGAACAGAAAGAGAAAAAGGAAGAUAAGGGUGCUAUUGGUGGCGGUAGUUCCGGUGUUGAGGAGAAGGUGGUGGUGGUUGUUAAAAAGGAAGAUGAUGAAAUGUUUUAA